AAGAAAACAAACAGUAUUGUGCGUGCACUCGGUAUUAUUUACUUUUUUGGCAAAUCAAUAACUGAAUUUGUGUAGAGAGCAACACACGAACGCGCUGCGCAAAAGUGAAAACUCAAUCAACGAACAAACGCAUUGAAAAGAAAAGUUAUGCCGCACAACAAUCAGCCGCCUUCGGGGCAGGGAGACGAUGCACUUGGACCACCAAAAGCUGACUUCAGUGCCCCGCCACCUUAUGAGCCGGAUGCACAGGGUCUGGGUGGCCAACAGGUGGCAUUGCCACCGCAGAUGCCAUCGCUGGCGUUGACCACACACGCCGUGGACGCGACACAGACGCAGAACGAUUUGGCGCUGCCCCAGGAGCUGCACGGCAAGUUGCCCACUUAUGAGGAGGUGCAAAUGGAGAAAUCGUUGAAUGGAGAGCUGCCGCCCGCAUUUCUAACUUUGCCAUCGACGCAACAGUUGCCGCCGCCGCCGAAUCCGUUGUUGCCACUGCCUCCGAAUCCGUUGCGCGAUGGUCCCGGAGCCGUUCGCUCGGCGCAGCCGGCUCUAACAUUCAUUGCCAUCGAUGCCAGCGAUCCGGACAACAGUCUGUCGACGACAGACAAUUUGCUCGGCACGGACAUAAUGUUUAUCACGGCUUUCAUGGUCGCAUUUCUCUUCAAUUGGAUUGGCUUUCUGAUGCUAACCUGUUUCUGUCACACAAUUGCCGCCCGUUAUGGAGCAUUGUCCGGCUUUGGACUGUCGCUGGCCAAGUGGACGCUGAUCGUGAAGCAUUCAACGGACUUGGCAUCGCAUGAGAACUCUUGGCUGUGGUGGUUAAUUUGCGCCUUUGGCUUUCUGAUCGCCAUUCGUGCGCUCAUUCAGUAUGUGAGCAUCAAGCGAUCCUGGCGUCUGCUCUCCGCAUCGGCCCAGGAGCGGCUGCUCUUCUUCUACUAGGUGCGGGCGCCGUCGCCGUCGAUGUCAUCGUUGUCACAGUCGGCGGGUUAUGUAAAUACGUUAAGUGUGCGAGUUGUUUGAAAUGCGUGAUUAUGAUGAUGAUGAUGGUGAUGAUUGUGGCAAAGACGAUGAUGACGACGAUGACACGACGGCGAUUGCGUUAGACUCCCAAAUAUUUCAUUUCGAUCCCAAAAAAAACCAACACAACAAAAAAAGUAUAAGAAAGAGAAAAACUAAUUGCGAACUUACUAUUGGUUAGUGUUUCUGUAGUUACUAUGUUAAUUAGCGCAAGUUAAAUCCACAAAUCAGUUUCAAAUGACAAACAAACAACAACACAAAGCUAGCAUAAUGAUAAUAAUUAUGUUGUUUAUGUAUAUUUCGAGCAUAUCAACAUAUAUAUGAAAAGAAAAAAACUAAAAGAAUAUGAAAAAAAGUGAAAGAUGUGCGCACAGAGUAGUGAGAGAUGCGACAAGGAUUCACUUGGAUCCCUGUUUCGCUGCACCUUUUGGGCACCUUGUUUUUUUUAGAGAGAAGCAGCCAGGGCCAUCGUAAUUGAUGUAAUUGUACUUGUACUUGUAUAUGUAAAUGUGUGUAUAGAUGUCUCGCCGUAGUAGCUUCUCUAUUCUUUUGUUAGUAGAAAACAAAUUGCAAAAAAGACAAAAACACAAAGGAACACAAACAGCCUAGAUGAAUAUGCCACCAUAUUUUUAUUAUUGAAAUCUACUAUUUGCUGUGGUACUUAAAACAGUUACACAAAAAGGCCAGCGGUAAUUUUGCUAGAUAAAUCACAAACUAUUAUAAUUACGAUUAUUGCUAAUAUAACGUUUAUAAUUAAUA